AUGUUCCUUUACUUUGCUACAUACCCUGGGGACGACACGCCCAUAAUUGACAGUCCUGUGGUGGAAGUUAACGAAGAGGAUGGUGUGGACCUUUGCCUUAGUUUCUGGUACAGCAUGUACGGGCGAUACAUAGGCGGACUGGAAGGGUACACUUAUAACGCCACUAACGGCACCGUGAAAGUUUUCAGCGCGAGAGGGCCGCAGACAGGAUCGAGGGGAUGGCUUCAUGGGCUGGUCGACAUCAGAGAUGUCACCUCUGAUAUGAGACUUUACUUCCAAGGGAUUAGCAGUGAAUAUUUAGAUGAAUAUACAGAUGAUCCAGUUCACGCGAUUGUAGCGAUCGAUGAUAUAAAUCUACAGACGGGCGUGUGUGAAAGGGACACAAGCUUCAACUGCAAUUUUGAGGAGGGAUCACUUUGUGGAUGGGUGAAGCCGCCCACGGGCUCCGAUGACACCGACUGGUUAUUGCAGCGUGGAGCUACUUACACAGCCAGUACCGGUCCUAUUGUCGAUCAUACCACAGGGACAAUUGAGGGAUCUUACUUGUAUAUAGAAGCGAGUUGGUUAUCUACAGGAGAUAUUGCCAUAUUGGAAAGUCCUAUGGUUACUCCGCUGGUUAAUGAGAAUUUCAAUCUCACUUUCUGGUACAACAUGUAUGGGAUCGAUACAGGUGAACUGAAUGUCUUAAAAUUACCCGGUAAUGAGAUCAUCGUUGGUUGGGUUGGGCAGCAGACAGAUCGUCCUAUGUGGCUUAAGGCAGAGGUAUUGUUAAUGAACCAGACUUCAAGCUUCGGAAUAAGAAUUCAGGCGCACUGUGGUAACGUUGCAUCGAAUAUCGCAAUCGAUGACGUGGCAAUAACUACUAACAUAGGUGAUUUACCACUUGUCCCCACGACCGACCAAAUGACCACUACUGAAGCAAUGGAAGAGCUAUCCACUAGUGAACAAAUGACCGACGUUGCAACAACAAGUGCCUUAGUCCAGCAAACGUCCACAGGAGCAACACUUGAACUAACGUCCACCGGUGGAACAGCGGCCCAGAUAUCCACUACUGUCCAAGAAAGUGGGAUUGCAACUACAGGUGCCUUAGUCAACCAAACAUCCACAGGAGGAACACUCGAGCUAUCUACCAAUACCCAUGUCGCUGGGAUGGCAACAACAGAUGACCGUAUCGACGAAACAGCCGCUACAGAAGCAACACCUGGGCUAUCAACUCCAACUACAACAAACGGAGAGGAUGGAGUAGACGGUGGGAUUGCAACAACAGACACAAUGAUCGACCAGACAUCCGUUACAGAAGCAGCUUCGGAGCUAUCAACUGUUGAGCGAGUCACUAGCGUUAUGUCAACGGAUAACUCGAUCGUCCAAACAUCUACUGCAGCAAACGGAGGGGAUGGAGGAGACGGAGGGAUUGCAACCACAGACGCAAUGAACGACCAGACCUCUACUGCAGACGGAGGGAAUGGAGGGGACGAUGGGGAGUCGUCCACUUCACCAUCAAUGGCUGUUACUGAAGUAGUUACCUAA